UAUGAUGGGAGUGGCACUAGCUGUCAAGGAUGUCCAGAGAUGCAUGUACAGUAAGUACAUUUGCAAUGACAUCUACACGACAAGUCGCACAUGGGCUGGCCAGGCAGCCUGUCACGAGCCUCGAGGCAUGCACGGAGAGCGCCUGCGCAUCAGAGUCCCAGGAAGUCCCUUGCGUCGUCGACCUCCCGCUGCCGUGCCUGUGCGGCCGCCCACCGACGCUCCAGCGUCUGCCACACCCACAUAGCCACACACACGCGCACACGUGUGACUCUUCCUUUCUUUGCUGCGUGCGGUUUUUGGUUACCUUGACGUCAGACGUCCAUUUGGGGUGGAAGACGCGGGAGUCGCAGCCAUCACCGGGACACUGCAAACAGCGCAGCGGGUGCCUUGCACACACUGGUUGAGUUGCGUGUGCAUCUCUUUGCGCCUGUCUGCCUGGCCACGGAGGUACCUGCAUGCCGAAUGGUGGCUUGGUCAUGACGUGCUCGAGGCACGACGAGUGGAACCAGUGACCGCAGAACGCUCGCUCCGCCGGGUCAGCCUGGCCAAGAUCAGAAGGGACGACAUCUUUCGUCCACACCUCCCUCCCUCCCUCCCUAGUUACCUGUUUCUCGCCCUUCUUGAUGGCGUCGAUGACCGGCUGUUUGCAGUGCGCACACUUCUCAUGCGGCAGCAGCCUGAAGCCAAUCACACACGGUGCGUGGACAACGACGUGUGGUGGAUGCGAUGCAUGGACGCCCACCCCAUCCAAUCCAUGGGUAUGUAUACCUGGCGAAUUUGUUGACGAUGUACUCGACCACGGCAUAGAGGGCGGGGACGGGCUCGCCGCCAUCUCUGUGCGCCUUGGGGAUGCCCGUGGGGGCCGACCUGGCGGCCGUUUGCGCCACCUGCGUCGCCUGCUGCUGCUCCCUCUCCCACUCCCUCUUGUCGAGGACCUUCUUCUCGCGCCUCAUCUGCUUGUCAUCAGACAUGCGCGCCAACUCACCUGCACACACACACACACACACAGACAGACAGGUGAACACAGCUUGGUGGGCGGACGCAUUGAAUCAGUCAGUGUGUGCUGAGGGUGUGUGUGGUGUGACCUGCCUGCGACUUUGAGGAACUUGACGUCAUGCUUGUACUGGCUGAUGCUCAGCUGCACCACCUCCUCUGAGGGCUUCGCUGGGUCGCUCUCACGCAAUGACACAUUCAGGGGGAUACCCUUCAGGACCGAUGAGAUCAAUGACAUCGGCACACAAUCAAACAUGUCUAAUCACAACUGUCUGCUCGUCUGUCGGGCUGUCUGUCUGUCUGUCGGGCUGUGUGAGCAUCUAUCUACCUUGCUGGCCCUCCUGGCGACCUCCUCCGCCUGUUUGAAGAACAUGUGUGUGACGGCCGGGGGGUAGGUGGCCUCCCGACACCUCAGCUCCAGCUGCUCCCCGGGGUACCCACGAGGCACCUGCACACUCAAGCAUGACAUAACAAACGUCUGUGUGCGUGUGUGUGAGCAGAUGGGUGGCUGUGAGAAUGACUGACUGACCUUGACGGUGAAGUCGACAACGAAUCCGGCUUCCUCCACGCGGACCGUCACUGUGCCGUUGCGCUCCGAGAGCUUCAGGCUGUCGUGCGGCCCGGUGAGCAACCUGCUCUUGAUGUCCGAUAUGUGCUCGGUGCACAGCAGCAGCUGAUUGCUCUGCAGCAAGGUGGAGAGAAACGUCCACAGAGCCAGAACCUGCUACUCACCACACACCGCAGCACAACACAAUGCACCGCAACGCAAUGAGUCCAUCCAUCCAUCCCCUCGGCAACAUACUACCUGUGGCUGCCCCUUGUCGGCCAGCUGCUCUGCCUCCUGCUCACACUUGUCGACGAGUUUCCGCUUGACCCUCUCGGGCAGCGUCUUGGUCUCCAGCUCAAACAGCAGCGGGGAGGACGGGUACUGCAGUGGGAACUGGCACUUCAUCGUCAGAUUCUUGUAGGGCGUUUCUGUCCAGUCAGUCCAUGGAGGGCAUUGGAUUAUGUGACAAACACACAGCCACAGUCACAGCCAAUGAUUGCAGUGGAUGAGUGAAUGGCUCCAAUCUGUUCCUGUGAGUGUCGCGUGGGAGAGCGUGUGUGUGUGGCGUACCGAUGACGUGGAAGAUGACGUACUCCUGGGUGGCUGUGAGCAGGACCUCCUGUGGAAUCGUCUCCUGGAUGGAUGCUAGCUCCUCUGCGGAGAUGGAGCCCUCAAAGGCCAUCGGCGAAAGGCAUAGAUGGCCUGAGGGGAGAAAAGGCAGGGAAUG